ACAGGGCAGGAGUAACUUCCUGUUUUUUAUUCCCUUAUUUGGCAUGAGUGGGCUGUCUCAUCAUGACUGCUGUUUAAAAUGGUGGAAAGGAAAGCCAGACAGCUGCAGUAGACGGAGGGAUCCAAGCUGUUUUAUCUCUGAGCAGUCGUGUCGAAGAAAAGCAGCAUCAUGGCUGAUGGACAAGACAUUAAGGGGACAGCGGUCAAAGUGUUGGCCCUAAUGGAGAAAGUGACCUCCUUCGCCUCCUCCAUCGACCCCAUCUUUGGAGUCGUCUCAUCCCUGGUUAAGGUGGCUCGAAAGGGCUUGGAGGACGACAAGACCCACCCUCUGGACAAGGACUUCCAGGAGAUCCACACCAAACUGGAGAGCAUUUCCGAAAAGAACCGUCUGAUAUUGAACGACAUCCUCGUCAAAGAGGUGAUCGAAAAUUACGGCAAGUACGAGGAGUACAUCAAGCACCAGUACAGCUCCUUCAUCCAAAUGGUAGCAAAGGUGAAGAAAAACCCGGGCGACGCCAAACGCUACAUGGAGGCGUUUGAGAAAAUUUACGAGCGCGACAAGUCAGACCUAAGCCUGGAUGUGCUCUACAAUGGCGUGAUGGGUAAAAGUGGCCUGUUCGGAAGACCUGUACUGAUGGUGUAUUUGCAAAGCUGCGAUGGCGACCGUAAAACCAUGGAGCAUAUCUGCUCACACUUUAUCAACCUCUUCCAUAUUGGCCUCAUCGCUCUGAUGGGCUACACAGCUGUUACAGAGGAUGAUGAAGACGAGGUGAAGGAGAAGUGGAGUAAGAGAGUAACGGACAUCCAGACGGCGAUGGAGGAUGUACUUGGUAAAUGUAAAGACCCAUCGUCCUGAACCCACAUAGUAAGCAUGUUCUUUGGGUUUCGCGCCAGAAACACCGUAUACAAAUUAGGAAAACGAUGUAAUAUUUGAAAAUAUUUAAAUAAGACCAAAGCUCUGUCACUAUGUGUGUACUUAAAAAGCGUAUGUUUUAUUUUGUUUUGAAUUGCUUUAUUGACUGCAUUUGUUAUCCCAAAAGACCGUCUGCCUCUUUGUGUCACGCCUCAAUAAAUGCUGAAGUUUUAUACAAUCUGACUGACAAUCUGUUCAAUAAAAUGAAUGAAUGAUUUACUAAAACAAAUGAAUGGAUCUAUUGAUUGGAAAUCAGUGGUGUCCAGUCCUCAAGGAUCAUUAUUCUGCAAGUUUUAAAUGUUUCCUUGCUACAAUACACCUGGAAAGACCAGGGAAAAGUCAUGGGCUUGUGACUAUAACCUAAUUUAUGUUACUAGUUUGCAGUGUAACUGCCUUUGUACUUCAAUAUGCAUAUUUGUUCAUUUAAUAAAAAAACGGCCACUUUGACAUUUA